CGGUAUUUGUUCGAAUUUAACGUCAAAAAAAGAUGUCGAGUAUUUUCGGUUUCCUUUGUGUCCCGUUAGAAAAUAUAAUAGUCUUUUAACUGUGACGUUGUUAUCGUAAAUCGUUUAGAUAUAGAGCGUACAGAUGGCAGCGAAAAACGCCAGCUCAAUCCAGGUGUGCAUCAAGGUGCGUCCUUGCGAGCCCGGGCUCACAUCCCUCUGGCAGGUAAAGGAGGGACGCUCCAUCCACCUGGCUGACAGCCAUGCAGAUCCCUGUGUCUUUGACUACGUAUUCGAUGGGGACGCUAACAACCAGAUGGUGUUCGACCGGAUGGCCAAGCACAUCGUGCAUGCCUGCAUGCAGGGCUUCAAUGGAACUAUUUUUGCCUACGGCCAGACCUCGUCAGGAAAAACCUACACCAUGAUGGGCGACGGAGAUAACCCUGGCGUCAUGGUGCUGGCCGCCAAGGAAAUAUUCCAACAGAUAUCCAGUGAAACGGAGCGCGACUUUCUGCUCCGCGUGGGUUACAUCGAGAUAUACAACGAAAAAAUAUACGACCUACUUAAUAAAAAGAACCAAGACUUGAAGAUCCAUGAGUCCGGGAAUGGGGUAGUAAACGUAAACUGCGAAGAGUGCAUCAUAACCAGCGAGGACGAUCUCCUGCGCCUCCUCAGCAUGGGCAACAAGGAACGUACGGUGGGCGAGACAAAUAUGAAUGAACGCUCCAGCCGCUCGCAUGCUAUAUUUCGGAUAAUCAUUGAGUCCCGGAAAUCGGAUCGUAGCGACGAUGACGCUGUAAUUCAAAGCGUACUUAACCUAGUAGAUCUGGCUGGAUCAGAGAGGGCAGACCAAACUGGUGCCCGAGGAGCUCGCCUUAAGGAGGGCGGCCACAUAAACAAAAGCCUGCUGUUCCUCAGCAACGUGAUUAAGAGCCUGUCAGAAAACGUGGACAACAAGUUUAUUAGUUUCCGUGAUUCCAAACUCACGCGCAUCCUGCAGGCAUCAUUGGGUGGCAAUGCCUUAACCUCCAUCAUCUGCACAAUUAAGCCCUCGAUCAUGGAGGAGUCGCAGUCCACACUGAGCUUUGCUAUGCGUGCCAAGAAGAUCCGCAUAAAACCACAAGUCAACGAGAUUGUAUCUGACGCAACGAUGAUGAAGCGGCUGGAGCGUGAGAUCAAGGUACUGAAGGACAAGUUAGCUGAAGAGGAGCGCAAGAACGAGAGCCAGCUAAAGGUGCAGGACCUGGAGCAACGCAUCAAGCGCGAUAUGCAUAAGAUAAUCUCAAGCAAUUCGCUGAGUGACAAUCGCCAGCAGAAGCGUCGUCGAACUUGGUGCCCGGCGGCAUCGGGUCCUGAAUCGAAGCCUGUUGAGUCUGGGAUCACAGACGACCGUCUUCUCCGGUUUUCAAAGGUGUCCCACCUACCGAAACCAGAGUUUUUUCCCAAUUCAAAUCAACCCAAAAAAUGGGACAAUAUUCCCAAGACCAUAAACAUUCUCAGUUCCCUGGAUAUCGGCACCGAUGGGAACUCAAUUAAUGAGGAAUUCCUCCCCGCAGAGUGCGUUGACUUUGGCUCACCACGCCCAGAUGUCCAUAAAGCCUUGUUGACCAGCAGGCGUCUUCCAGACCUGACCUUGACGCCGAUCGCAAGUCAAAUGGGACCCUUAACCAUGGAGAAGGUCAAGAAGGAGGUACAGGACCUGCAAAUGUUCACCAUCUUAGAGAAGCACUUUGAAAAGGAGUGCGAAGAGGUGCUGACUUUAAAAGAAAAGCUGGUCGAGGUUACAUCUCAGCGGGAUCAGUUAGAGCAAGAUUUUUAAACAAGAAAGAGUGGUGAUUACGAUGCUCUUCAGGAAAAGGUUAGCACCUUGACGGCAGACAACGAGAUAGCAAAUUUGAAAAUAGGCGAAUUGAAAGAGCAUUUAAGUGCUUUGAAACAGAAUGUGGCCAAGUUGGAAGUGGAAAACCGCGAGGCAGUGAGUCUCGAGUUUGAGUUCAAGGCCCAUAAAAAAACGUCCAAGCUGCGGGAGAAUGACUUGCUUUUAGCACUUUCAGAAAAAGAUUUAGCUAUAGAAAAUUUGCAAAAGUCCCUGGAUAAUUUAUCCCGGGACGUGUUACGCAACAGCAAGGAGGACCACAUGCGUUCCAUGUGUCCAGAGCCAGAAGACAGCUCCGACGGAAAUUGUCAUAAGUGCGGCCAACUAGAGCAGCUCCUCGUAACUGCUGAAUCCAAAAACGCUGCCUGCGAGUGUGAUCACCUGCGAUCUGAGAUCGCCCAUGCAAAGACCAAGUUAGACAGCUUUGAGGCCUUCAGCCAGGCAAGCCGCGAGGACUCGACAAGAGCGAUGGAAGAAUGCCAAAGUCUCUGUAACCAGCUUUCUAAGGCUCAAGAAGACUUCGCACAACUGCAGGAAAGGUACGACAAACUGCAGCAACAGUGGGAGGCUCAACAGCUGGCCAGUAAGAUCCUGCAGGCGGACCACGACGUUGUUCGGGAAAACUACCAGAGGUUAAAGAAGGAAAGCGAUGACAUGGGGCGAACAUCAAGCACCUCUUCUGUGGAGUGCCAACAGUUGCGGAUUGAGAAAACUAAUUUGCAAAAGGAGAUUCUAAUUCUCGAGGAGCGAGUGGAGGAGGCCCAACGCAUGCUUAAGGAAAGUCAGAACUCUGAACCCGCUAUGGAAAAGAUAAAUAUACAAAAUCAAAAGCUAAAAGCAAAACUUACCGAAUUGGAGACCAACUUUGAAGAGAUUCAACGGGAAUACGACUGCCUUUCCAACCAACUGAUGGAAAGUGUCCAGGAGAACGAUGCUCUGCGCGAGGAGCUGAAGCAACGGCCGAACAACUAUGAUUUGUUGUCCAUGAAGAGUUCCGGUAUAAGCACUGGAUUCUGCGAACCAGAACAUGAGCCCAAUAUAGGCAGUGACGUUCUGCAGCAGUUUAUCAAGCUAUCAGAGUCCGUCCAACAGAUUGAACUCCAACACCAUUCCGGCUUAGGUCGCCUCUUCAAUGCGAGCAAUCAGGAGAAAGAUCAAAACUCGCCAGUAUUAAAACUUUGCCUCCAGUCUGCUGAGUACGUAGAAGGUGACACAGAACAGUUAGAUACACACGAUUCCGUCUGUCUCAAAGGUUUCCUUAAGCGACACAGGUUUCAGAUUAUGAGUCUAAGUCCGGAAGACUUAAAUAUGGAAAGAGAUAAGCGCCUCCUUGAUAUUAUUUCCCAGCUGGAAAAGGAAGUAGAAGAAAAAAGUGCCCUAAUGGAGGCCACGGAGGCAACCAUCAAUGAGAUGCGCGAGCAAAUGACCAGCCUAGAGUCAGCCCUCCUGGAAAAGAGCGUUAUAGUGAAUAAGGUUGAGGACUAUCAGAGGCAAAUCGAGUGCCUAGAGAAACAAAAUGCGGAGAUGACGAUGGUAUACGAAGAGCUGCAGGACAGGGUAACCAGGGAGAACUCUCUGAGCGAGAGCCUGCUUAGAAUUCAACCUGAUGAGGAUACCCUUCCAGGUAAUACUUUAGCUAUCGAUACGAAUAAUAAGGAGGCGGAUGCUCUGAAGGCAUCUCUGGCUGAACAGAAGAACAAGGUGUGUGAACUUCAGGCUAAACUGGAAAACCAGGUAGCUCAGAUAAAUCUGAAAGAUGAUAGAAUCGUCGAGCUUCAGAAGGACUUUGAGGAAAUGAGCGAGCGGUGUUUAUCAAUGGAAGUGAGGCUUGCUGAGUUGGAGGAGGAUAUUCAGCAAAAGCAAGAGCUACUGGAUCGCCAGGCACAGAAGCUGUCCGAUGAUCUACGCACCAUCGAUCAGCUCCAAGAGAGAAAUGCCCAACUCUUUGAGAAAAAUAUUUCAUCUGAGGUAGAGCAGAAUCAACUAAAGGAUCUUAGAGAAUCGUUAAAGACAGCCAAUGAACAGCUAAUUUAUAUGCAGAAGACAAAAGAGGAUAAAAUGCAGGCCUUACAAGACGAAUAUAUGCUGAAAAUUGAGGAACGAGAGAAAGAAAACCGGGAGAUUAGUCAGAAGUUGAAGGAGUGCGCGGGCCACUAUGACGCCGUUGAGGCAUCGUUAAAAGAACAGCUAUUGCAGGCGAAGGAGGAGCUAUCUACUGCUACAGCUAGCUAUCAGACGGAUUUGGAAAGGCUUAAAUGUAUUCUUCAAGAAAAUAUUAAUCAGGCCGAGAGAGAAAGGAAUAAUUUGACUGCCCAACACCAGGCAGAGUUGGAAAAAAUCAGGGAAAUACUGAAUCAGAAUGUGGCUGAGGCUAAAGCACAAAACUCCCAGAUUAAAGAUCAAUUAGAACAAGCGGAGGAGGAGCAAAAAAUUGCACACUCAAAACUUGAGGAGAUGAGCAACUCUUUUGAGGAGAUGAAAAGUCAUAUUGUCGCUAAGACCGAAACCAUUUCUUACUUGGAAAAUAUGAAAGCUGAGCAGGACUUGGCAUUAGAUAAACUACAAAUGGAAAAAAUACGACUGGAGAAGCUAUAUGACAAUAGCCAGGAGCAGCUGCAAGCGCAGGCGGUCACUCAAGACCAGAAUUUCUUGGUGGCCCAAUCCCGCAAUCAAGAGCUCGAUUUGAUGCUGGCCUCAUCAAACGAGAAGAUUAAAGAGUUCAAAGAAAAGUGUGAGGAGCAGGUUCGGGACUUGGACAAAUUGAGGCAGGAGAAGAUUGCAUUGCAAUUGGAAAUCGAGAAUAUUAGUGCGCAGCAUUCAACCACCUUAAAGAAACUUGAAGAACUGCAAGCUGAGAUUGGUACUUUAAGCGAACAGAGGGACUUGGGAAAGCAAGAGUUAGAGGAAAAACUCAAUACAUUUUUGGGAAAAAUUGGUGAUCUCGAAGAAAAACUUCAAGACGCACAACUCAAGGUCGUUGGACAUACCGAUCUUCUUUCGGAACAUGAACGACUAAAACUCUGCCUUGCCAGUGCAAAUGAACUGGCGUCCUCUUUGCAGAAUACGGUUAAGUGCCUGCAAUCGGAACUGCUUCAUCUUCAGCAAGAUGUCUCCAACCGAGAUCUAGAACUGGAAAAGCUUCGCUUAGAACUGAAGCACGCCGUUGAUGCAAAGACGACUGCGAGCACGGAACAAUUACAUCUAGAACAUCAACUCAAAGAGGUCGAGGCACAGAUGUCAGGCCAAACACUAGGGUUCCAACGUCAGGUGAAUGAUCUGAAGGGUUCGAUAGUUGAGCUGCAGCUUAAGUUAAAUCUCUGGAAGGAAAAAAAAGAUAGCCUCGAGUCUGAAAAUGACGAACUAAAGGUGAGGCUAAGAAAUGUCCAGAAUCUAGAGAAAACUUUGGAAGAAUUGGAAAAAAUAAACGCUGAUCUCAAAGAGCAGAUACAAGCCAAAGACGUUGAAAUUAUUAAAAAAUCCACGGACAUAGGUCUGGAAACAGAGCUAGGUCGCAAAAAAAUUGAAGAACUGAACAAAGAAUGUCAAAACCUGCGGUUUGAUUUGGAAACCAAAACAAUUCACAAGACACAACUAAACACCAAUUGGCCAUGGAGGCAGCUAAUAACAAAAAAAUUUGAGCUGGAACAGAAGGUUCAUGAACUCACAACGGAAUGCGACAAGAUACGAUCAGAUUUGCAAUCAAAAGAUGCUUGUUUCCUAAAGGAGAAGGAAUCUUUGGAUGCCACUAUUUCUAAUUUAUUGAAAGACAAGCGUAGCUUAGAAGAAAAGUUGAGUAUGUUCAAUGAAAAUGUGGGUAGAGCUGAGGAACUUGCAAAGGAGUUCGAGGAGCUGAAGGCAACUUUGAAAUCGAAGGAAGCUGGAUUUCGAAUGGAGGAAGAUAGCAUGGCUCACACAAUUGAUAGUCUAUUAGAGGAUAAGCGCAAUCUUGAGGAAAAAUUGUGCACAGUCAGUGAAAUUAUGGCUAAACUUGAGCACGAACUGGCUGUUUUACAACCUUCCAAAGUAAAUGAGUCAAAUGCGCCCAAUGGAUCGCCAGUUGCGCCAACAGCGAGAAGGAGUCUGGAUCGGAGUCCUGGUGCUAGUGGUCCAAGGAAAUCACUCGAAUUGCGAAAGAAAAGUCGAAUUAGCGUUCAUGAUGAAAGGCGGCAAUCUUACUGGAACGACUAUAGAGAAUGUGGCACCAUGACAGAUCCCGUGGACAACAAGUGCAACUGCGUAGAGCUGAACACCAAGCUGCAGGAGUGCCAGCGUCAGUCCUUCAUUCAUGAGAGCCAAGUGACAGCGUUGACCUUGGAAUUGAUGCAUCAUCCUUUAAAGGACGAGAAUGCGCAAUUAAAAAAGAGAGUUUUAGACGAGCAGGAAAAAGCACGGUCCGAGCAAAAACGGCUUAAGACUAAGCUUCAAGAUCUUAACGCCAAGAUCAAUGAUCUCACUAAUACUGCUGCACUGUCCGCAAAAUCGGUCGGCGACCAAGCAAAACCUCAUACGACAAGUCUGAAACCUGCUACAGUACCGGCCCAAACUCAAACAGAAUCCGAUUUGGAGUCAAUCCUAGAGAAAACGAACAUAAAGUACCAGGAUGCUGUUAGCUUGCUGCGUUUCCGUUACAAUCUCAUAAAGGAGCUGGAAGAGAAGCUCAGGCAAAAUGAAAACAAUGACACUUCGAAUAUAACAUCCCUUUCGGCAGGUCAAUACAGUGCGCUCAAGAUACAGUUUGAAUCGCAAAAGAAGGAAAUGGCUACGAUCAAAAAUAAGUACGAAACUGCAAAGCGCAUAUUGGUAAUGCGGAAAGAUGAGUUGGAUCAAAUGCGAGAACAACUCGCUAAAUAUGAACCAACUGUAAAAGCCAAGUAAUUGCUAUAAUUUUUAAGUAUUUGUUAAGUGUAAAUAAGCUUUGGGGUUUGGUUUUAAAUUCAAGUUUUGCCAUGAAAUUCUGAUUUUUAGUUGAUUAAAACAGCUGCUAGUCUGGAUUAAAUAGGUUGCACUUCACCGUGUUUUCUUUAUUAUAGAAUAUAAAUUAUAGUAAAAUGUAAUAUUAUUAAGUAAGCGAAAUCAACCCCCAUGUUUUGAGAAAAACACAGAUUGUCUUUAUAACGGGGCUUUAUUGUAAUGUCAAUAAAUAUGUAUAUAACUUUCUAA